CGCUUUACUAUGAACUUUGGCUCACUUCCUCACUUUGGAGAAAAGGCAAAAAGGUGGUUUGAUGGUAGGUUUAUUAACUUUAAACUUUUUAGUGGGAAGGAAUUAUUGGAGUCUGUUUUCGAACGUGCGUACAGAAUGUUCUACAAAUUGAAAGUCUCGUCUUAGAAAACAUGGAUGAUGGCGCCUUGGAGGAACCGGCUGCCUCCACCGACACUCGCGCCAGACAAUCCCCAGCUAUAGAGCGCCUCUCCCGGUAUGGCGUGCCGGUCAUGCUCGGUGCGUCUAACCGGAGGUCGAGGCUGCUGCAGAGGCGGCAAGAAGACCAGACGGGGAGAGCCGCAGCAGGUCCUGACCGCGCUUCCUUCACACCUGCCCUGCGAGAUGCAUUGACCUUCCAGCGGGACCCCCCCUGGGCUUUGUACCCCAUGGAGCACGCGUGGAUGCUGUCCGCCGUGGAGGGAAACUACGACACCCUCUUGGAGUUCGUCUCCGAGGACCCGCUUCUCCUCAGCAGGCGGGACUUCAUCAGCGGAUACUCGGUCCUCCACUGGCUGGCCAAGAGCGGCCGGGACGACACCCUCCUCAAGCUGCUCCGCCACGCCGAGAAAGCGGGUGGCGGGGCUGCGGUGAGCGUCGACGUGCGGGGCAGCGGCGGACUCACCCCGCUGCACGUCGCCAGCAUGCACGGUCACGACGCGGUCGUCAAGCUGCUGGUGGGGGCUUUCGGCGCCAACGUGGACGCCAUGGACUACAGCGGGAGGCGGGCCUGGCAGUACCUGCGGCCGGACGCGCCGGUGGAGAUGAAGGAGCUGCUCGGGAUGUGGGAUGACGAGCACGCCGGUGGAGGCUCGACGAAUGCGAAUAAGAACUGCAAUAACAGCAGCGGGGUUGUUGUCGCCGCACCGUGUGAACAAGUAGACGGGCUGCCCGAACACGUCAGCUCGCUUAGCAGGACGAGGUUCAGAAUUUUGAGGAUGUUCUCCUUUCGUGCCAGACGCUGAACGCUACCUUGGAAUACUAGGAGUGUCCAUUAAAUUAUUGAAAUAAAAUCAAACAAUGCAAGAAAAAAAAUCAAGACAAUGUGAGAAAAUGCUUACAUUUCAUACUAAUAUGUGAUAUUGAUCCAACACAGGCUAAACUUUAACAGCUAAGCACAGCUUGGCAUUCCUAGUGUCAUUUGCAGUCUAACACACUAAUCAAGCAACUAUUAGUCUCCAUGGCCUUUUAAAAUGGUAUCCAGUAACAAGCGUGUCUGCAUCAUCCAACUUCAGUGCAUGAGCUUAAUGAAUUUUGGCAAGGUGUCUCCACAAAAUUUCCACUUCAUAGACAGGUCUUUUCUUACAUUCUAUCCUACAAAAUAAAUGUUUUGACAUUUUGGAUUAAUAUCUGUAUUUGCCAAUCAAAGUUUCAAUAUCAGUGUCGCAUAUGAAUAAUGUCACCAAAGCUGACAAACUUCUAGCUUUAGAUAACUUUUGUUUUCAUAAUUUUUUGCAUAUAUUUGGAUACCCCUGCAUUAAAAGGUUAAUCACCAUAAUCUGCUUUAAGUGAAGUUCUGCUACUGGAUGUGAUCCCAGUGACAUUAUUGGUAUCGCCAUAGCAACAGUACUCACUGGUGUAGCUUGUUUUUCCAGAGCUAUAUUUGGCUCAGGCCUCAAAUCAAACAUGAGCUACAAAUCCGCUGCAUUGCUCUUUCAUGCAAGAAUUUGCAGGGUGGGCAGGGUUGAAAGCCUCAAGAGCUCCUUGUCCUCCCUGCUAGCUUGGAAACAUUGAGCAACACUUCCUUCAGGAAGACAAAUAUUAGCCAUUACGUCUCCACCUGCUCAUGCGUGUUUCAAAGGAUGCGUGAGCAAACAUGGUCAUGUUGGAGCUUGAUCACAGAUCUUUUAUUGUCAAACCAGAGAAUCUGUACAAAACUGCCGCUACUCCAGAUGACACCGAGUCCCCCUCCACGAUAAAAGGUGAAGCCCAGCAGGUGGGAUGGAAUGGAUGGAUGCUGGAUCCAUGGACCAGGUCGCGUUUACAGGCCAAGCUUAGUCCUCCUCCAGUGCCUCCUCUUGGAGUUGUACCUGAAAUCAACGUGCAUGUGUGAGAUUAAAUUUAUCCUCCUUAAAUGUUCAGUCAAAAGGGCAAAAAUGUGAAAAGAUUCAUAUAUGUUGUUACUAAACAGCAGCAAUGUUUCAGCUCCAGAGGAGCUUCUUCAACAUGAGUGAAGAAGAUGAUCUCUGAAGCAGAAAUGUUCUCAGCAGGGUUAAUGACAGCAUUUCACCUCACAGAAAUGCUGCAAUUGCAGACCUGCUUGUCCUCCAUGUUGAUAUAGCCGCCCCCUUGAAACAACUAAACUACGAAGCUAAAGCUAGCCAGAACAAUCCAUACACCCACCACACAUCUCAUCUGCUUGUGUUGUCGUGAACGACAUCAUGGAUGUAACAUUAAAUGUACAAACAGUGGUCACAACUGAUGGCCCUCUUUUUUUUUUACAGCCUUAAAUUAUCUCCUUACUCAUCAAACUGAGACCAACAGCACAGCAAACUUCCUCCCUUCACAAUAAGUGUGGUGUGCCACAUCUGGUCUGACUGUGCUAACAAAAUAAAGGUUUCAAAAAAGUACUCUACACACGCAUAAUGGUCUUAAAGCACUUAUUGACAUUCACACAUUUAUUAUGAUUUGACCUGAAAUAUUAGACAAAGUUGUCCAAAGAUAAAUUUCACCAAUAAAAUGUGAGGAUUUUUGCAUUUAAUUAAACAUGAUUACACUUUAUG